UUCCAUUCGACGGUAAGACUGUGGAAAGUUUUUCGCCUCUGUAAUGUGAUGAUAUGUUUUUUGCUCAAGUGUGUUAAUCUGAAAUUGGUGCGGGGAUGAAGCUGCGGACGUAUGCAGGGCUUAGUUUACUGGGUUCGGUGGCUGCCAUCUAUCAUGCCUUUAAGAGCAUGGGCCAGUUUUACCCGGCAAUGGUUUACUUGUCGACUUCCAAGAUCAACUCUGUGCUCAUGUGGAAUAUGGGUCUGGUUAUGAUGAGCCUUUUGUGGCAAUUGACUAAGACCAUAUUCCUUGGCUCACUGCAAGAAGCAGAGGUGGAAAGGCUGCACGAGCAAUUGUGGGCUGAAAUCAUGGAAAUAUUGUUUGCUAUCACUGUUUUCAGACAAGAUUUUUCGAUAGCAUUUCUUGCAAUGAUCACGGCACUGCUGAUGAUAAAGUCUUUGAAUUGGUUGGCCCAAAAGAGAGUUGAAUACAUAGAAACCACUCCAUCUCUUUCUAGGCUGUCUCAUAUCCGGAUUGCAUCAUUUCUGGUGUUCCUCCUCCUUAUUGACAGUAUUUUUCUGUACAAUUCAGUCAAGAUUUUGUUAGAAACCAGGCAGGCAUCGGUUUCUCUCUUCUUUUCAUUCGAGUACAUGGUAUUGGCCUUGACAACUAUAUCAACAACCGUAAAGUACAUUUUCUAUAUCAGUGAUAUGCUCAUGCAAGGACAAUGGGAAAAGAAGGCCGUCUGCACAUUUUAUUUGGACCUUAUUCGGGAUUUGCUCCACUUGACUUUGUGCAUGUGUUUCUUCCUGGUCAUUUUUAUGAACUUUGGCGUGCCCCUUCACCUGAUCCGGGAGUUGUAUGACACAUUCCGUAAGUUUAAAACUCGCGUAGCUGAUUAUGUACGAUAUAGGAAGAUCACUUCCAAUAUGAAUAGUCGAUUCCCAGAUGCAACUGCUGAAGAACUUGAUGCAAGUGAUUCAACCUGCAUUAUAUGUCGUGAGGAGAUGACUGCAGCUAAAAGACUUAUUUGCGGCCAUCUUUUUCACGUCAACUGCCUAAGGUCGUGGUUGGAGAGGCAAAACACAUGUCCCACAUGCCGAGCACCUAUUGUACCACCUCAAGAUGGGGCGACAACCCGUACUGCAGCACCGGCUCAUGGUCAACAGCAAGGAGCAAGAACCGGAAUCACAUCUUCUCAAGGAUCUAAUGCUGUCGGCGCAGCAAAUAGUGUUGUCAGUCAGCAUCAAGCUAGACUUCAAGCUGCAGCAUCUGCUGCGAUGCUAUAUGAGAAGUCUUUCGUGUAUCCUUCAAUGAAUACUAUGAUGAGGUCUCUGGAAUUCGCCUUACCUCCAAAAUCGGAUAGCCACUCUGCUGACACCAUUGGCGAAAAAGACGGCGCAGGAGGAGAUUCAAGUGGACUGUCACAGCAAACACAGUUUGGAAACUCGAUGUUUCCUCAGUCACAGCAUUCUUUCAUCUCUUUACAGUCCCAAUUUAUCGAUGGCCAAUUGGAUUUACAGAGAAAGCUGAUUAACAACCAGAUUGAGUUCCUGCAAAGACAAAUGCAGCUUCUACAGACGUGCGUAAGGGAUCAAAAAUCUUCCGAUGCCAAGGUCAAGUCAGUGCCAUCUCCAUCUUCAUCUUCCACCAUUUCUACUGAAACUUAGAAGGUAAUAACUUCAUAUAUACAUCUUAUCGAGUAGCUUAGAAACAGCUCUUCGACGACCCGAGUUUUGCUUGAUUCAAUGUAACUAACUGUUAACUAUCCAUCCUUGUAGAUAUAUGACAAAAACAAACACAUCUUAGCUCUGCUACAUGAUCAAGAACUUAGUAUUUAUGAA